ACUGGAAUGACAGCAUGAGUUGGGGCAGAGACCUGUGGCUUCACAUAAAAACGCUCGCAAGCACCUGAAACUUCUCACGAAUCUUUAUCUGCCCACAAUGCCAACGCUGACGUUCUUGUGCUUAGCAACAAAAUACAUAGCAUGUUUAUUUUAAGACACUUUGGUGUGUCUUUCACAACCUAGGGAUAAUUUAAAAUAUAUUAAUCACUCAAGAAUUUUACAACUUGAGGAAAAAUAUGCUUAAAAGCUUUAGUAACCUAUGGAGGCUAUUGGUACUUGAAUUAUGUUUGAACAACCAAGAUGCUAAAAACGAAUGUGUUCUGGACUCUAAAAAGAAAUGAAGGCUCUGACUGAUACUUACUCAUAACAAUACAAUGAGCAGUGAGCGGUGAUUGGCUGAAUAUUUACCAGAUACACUUGUUUGUGAACUGAAACUUCAGUAACACCAGUUGCAGUUUGAAGAUGCACACGCACAAGUGCUGUUUAAUCUUGCUCUUCAUUUGUGUGGAAGGUGUGUUUGGUGCUGCUCCAGAUGUAAUGAAGUCGGUGACUGAGGGAGAUUCUGUCACUCUAAACACUGAUGUUACUGAACUACAGAGAGAUGAUCAGAUACUGUGGAUGUUUGGACCUAAAGAGACUCGUAUAGCUGAAAUCUAUAAGCUUGUGAUUGAUAUGUUUAACAGUCAUGAGAUAUUUGGAGACAGACUGAAGCUGGACAAUCAGACUGGAUCUCUGACCAUCAGAAACACCAGAAGCACAGACUCUGGGCUUUAUAAACGACAGAUCCGCAGCAACAGAGGGAACUCAGACAAGAUAUUUAAUGUUACUGUCUAUGCUCAUCUUCCUGUUCCUGUCAUCAACACUGCAAACUGUGCAUCAUCUGAAAGAUCCUCAGUGCCCAGAUGUUCAUUGGUGUGUUCAGUGGUGAAUGUGGGUCAUGUGACUCUCUCCUGGUACAAAGGAAACAGUUUAUUGUCCAGCAUCAGUGUGUCUGAUCUCAGCAUCAGUCUCUCUCUACCUCUGGAGGUGGAAUAUCAGGAUAAAAACAGCUACAGCUGUGUGCUCAACAAUCCCAUCAGCAACCAGACUCAACAUCUGGACAUCACUCAGCUCUGUAAAUGUCCAGACAUCCCGAGCAGUUCUUCGAGUGUGACGCCAUCGUUGAUUUAUGCUGUGGUGGGCGUGGCCUCUGUCGCUCUGCUCGUUUGUUACGUCAGAUCUAGAAUGGGCGUGAACAAGAAAAAGCCAGCAUCACAACCUCACUCACGCCAUUCUCUUCUGCAGACACGAGGAGGCAGUAACUCAUAAUUGUUCAUCGAAUUCACAUCCACUUCGUGAUGUAAAUAGAGCAAACGUGCUUCUAAUACAGUGGUUAACUACUCAUUUAAAACUGUGUGAUUCACCAUUUUAAAGAGGCAGUGUGUCAUAACCAAAUAAAUUAAGUGUUUAUUCUAAAAAUCAUAUUUUACUCACCCUCGGGUCUAAUUA